CCUGCAACCAUGGUCAAAAACAAUUUAUUUUAAUUUUAAAAACUGAUAACAAACCCGCAUUCGGUACAUACUUAUGAACUUUUUAUUCGUGUGUACAAUGCAUAUUGAUAAACAAAGUUUGUAUAUUCAUUAUUUUUGUAACUUCCGAAAUUCCGAAAACUAUUGAAUUGUUGAAGUAACUCAAUUCAAUUGUCGGCGAUACACCGUUAGACGUUAAAUUCUAUUUUUCUCAAUUAAUACAUUAAGUGAUUUUAUUUGUUAUUAUAACAUUUACUAUAGAAUGGAACCAUCUAGUGAUAUAAGUAUUGAAAGUGUUGAAGAAGAUAUUAAAAAGUCUUCAUUAAAUCGAGUGAGGAAAAGGAAAAAACAAUUACAUCGUGAACUGAAAAAGCUAGUAGAAUUUUAUUUAAGUGAUGCUAAUUUAAGAAAAGAUAGAUAUUUUGGAAGUCUUAUGCAAACCAAUCAAUGCAUAAGUGUUGAUACUUUUUUGAACUGUAAUAAAAUUAAGAUCUUAACAACAAAUCCUGAAGAUAUAAUUAAAGCUAUCGAAAGCUCUGAUAUUGUUGCUGUUAGUGAUUGUAAAACUAACAUUUAUAGAAUCAAGCCCGUUGAAGAAAAACAACCUGAAGAUAUUGAACGCUGUACAGUAUAUGUGGAACAAUUGCCUGCAAAAGCUGAUCAUGAUUGGGUAAAAUCAAUGUUUGAAAAAUAUGGUAGUGUUGCUUAUGUUUCGCUACCUAAAUUUAAAAGCGGUACUAUUAAAAGAUUUGCAUUUGUUGAAUUUAUCAAUGAAGAAUCCGCCAAAAAUGUUAUCGAGGAGUAUAAAAAACUACAUAAAGAAACUAAGAUUCUCCCAGAAGAAUUACAAAGUAUAAUUACUUUUAAAGAAGAUGAAGAUAAAAAAGAUAUAAAUGAAAGUUCUGAAAAUACCAAUUCAGUAAAAAAAAGAAAACUUUCCGUUAGUAAUGAAGGUGUGAAAGAAAAAAAAAUUAAAAAAGAAAUCAUAAAAGUUAGCUCUACUGGGAUUAAAAAUAAUAAAAAGAAAAAGAAAAAAGAUAAACAUAGAAAAAGUGAUUUGGAUAGUGAACAAAAAAAUUCUUCUUUUGAAAUAAGUGAUUGUGAAAAUAACCAAAGAACUAUCUUAAAUGAAAGUGUUGAUUCCAGUAUUGAAAAACCUAUUGACAUUAUGCCAAGUGAUGAUGUUAAAAAAGAUAGUAAUAUUGAGAUUAAUAAUGAAGAUUCUACUGUAAAGAAAAAAAGAAAACGUAAUAAAGGAAAAAAAGUUAAAUUAGAAGCUAAUAUAUCAUCUCCUGGGUUGAGAAUAAUGUCGAAAACUGAGUGGAGAAAACUAAGAAAUAAAUUCUUAAAUAUGCAACGGGAAAAAAUGUCUCUAUUAAAAGCUCAGUUACGGCGACCUAAGUAUAUAACAAAUUUCAACACUAACAAAAAUCCUGAUGAUAAUGAUGAGCAAUUUAAAAAUAUUGAAAAUUUGGAAACUCAGAAACCUAUAAACACAGAUAUUCGUGUCAAGUAUGAGCCUGGUGUAAUAUUGAAAAUUUUAUUUUCAAAUCCAAUUGAAUGUGAUAAAGUAUUCAAAGCUGAAGCAAAAUCUGAUCCUAAUGUGAAAUUUGUUGAUGUUGUAAACAAUUUUGAAGCUUAUGUACGAUGUGAUAGUCAAGAGUCAGCCAAAAAAAUUGUAGAUGAAAAUCGAUGGCCACAAACCAGUCUAGUAAUCGGUGAAGAAGAAAAAGCUUAUUGGCAAAAAAUUGAACAUGAUAGAGAAAUUAAAUGUGUAAAACAAAAAGGAACUAAAAAACCACGUGGACGUGUAAAAUUAAUUAACAGGGCAGAAAAACUUCUAGCUCAACAUGUUAAGUUUACACAGGAUAAUGAUGAAUAAAAUAAUUGUAAAAAUUAAUAAUUUAACAAAAAUGUAAUAUUACAGU